AUGGUAGCGCACCGGUGCGUGCCUUUUCUCAUCGUAGCCGCCCUCUGCACUGGGUUCCUCUUCGUGGUCUUUCGAUCUAGCUCAUGGCGGGAUAUACCGCAGAGUCUCGGGCUAGGACACCAUGAACCCACGGAGUACGAGAAGAUACAUGCGCUGCCAGACCUGAGGACGACCCGACCGAAGGUAGACUACCCGCAUAUCGGAGAGGGGGUGUUCAAGGAACCGAAAAUUGAGUCUAGCUCGCCAUAUCCUGUUGGACAGACAAAGCCACCAGGCAGCAAUUACACCCGAUGCUUGGUCGUGGCAAGACUGAAGAGCGAGAGCACAGCAUGGAUUGACGAGCAGCUGGAUGAUAUGCUCGCAAGUGGACUUCUGAGUAAGGCCGUCUAUACAGUAGACGACCGCUCUGCACCACUGCAUCCGCCUCGCAACAAGGGUCACGAAGUGAUGGUAUACCUCAGCUAUAUCAUAGAUUUCUACGACGACCUUGCGGACGUCAAUAUCUUCAUGCACGCGCACCGCUACACUUGGCAUAAUAAUGAGCUGCUCAACAACGACGCGAGCCUGAUGGUCAGACAUCUGAGCCCGGAAAGGGUCACGAGAGACGGCUACAUGAAUCUACGUUGCCACUGGGAUCCCGGUUGCCCUUCUUGGCUGCAUCCUGGAGCUACGGAGAAAAACCCGGAGAAAGGGGAGGAGACGCUUGUGGCAGAUGCCUGGGCCGAGUUAUUCCCAUUCGAUCCCAUACCCGCCGUACUGUCACAGCCAUGUUGUGCACAGUUCGCCGUCUCGAAGGAACGUGUCUUAGCCCUGCCAAAGCAGCGUUACGUUGGCCUUCGCGACUGGGUCUUACGGACCGAACUCUCGGACUACAUGUCUGGUCGCGUGUUUGAGUACACCUGGCAGUUCUUGUUCACUGCCGCACCAUUACAUUGUCCGAGCAUGAGCGCAUGUUACUGCGACGGGUACGGAUAUUGUUUCGGCUCGCCUCAAGCUUUCGACUACUGGUUCGAGAUGCGGUACUUGCGCGAAAGUUACAAGCAGGAGUUGCAUAUAUGGCGCGAGCGGGCCGAUUUAAUCGAAGAGGCUCGGCAGCGGAGUACAGAUGGUAGAGUCAAGGAAGAUGCCUUGCUUGAGGUGCCGGAGCCGGGACGCAACGUUUGGUUACGGGACCAGAUCAAAAACUUGACCGUAGAGAUGGAGCGUUCCCGAAGCGCUGCAUUCGAGCUGGGCAAAGAACCACGGCACAGAGCUCUGGAGGCAGGGAGAGAAUGGAGAGAUGGCGACGGCUAUUGA